AAACAUUUGAAGCUUACAAUGCCAGCAGAAAUUCCAGAUACCCAACGGGAAAGUGCUUCUGGAAUCGAAUCCAAUACUUUAGUUGAUGAAUCAGUAUUAUCUCAUACUGAAGAUGAAGAAGAAGAAGACGACGAACACGAAGGUGAUGACCAUGGGGAAAAUGAUGCAGUUCAGUAUCCUGGUACUGUACUUCCUGAUAACAAUGUUGAAUCAAUUGAAGCUGAUCAAGAUUUAGCUUCAACUUACGACAUCGAUACUGACUAUAUAGAUUUGAUUCAUUUGAAAAUCGGAUCAAUUGAAGAUUUGAAUUUGUCAAGAUUUACCAAAUUACAAUCGUUAUGUUUGAGACAAAAUUUAAUCACGUCAAUUGUCGGCAUUAAGGAAAUCGCAGAUAGUUUAACCGAAUUGGAUCUUUACGAUAAUCGAAUCAAUCAUAUUUCAAGCUCUAUAAAGCAUUUAACUAAGCUUAAGAAUUUAGAUUUCUCAUUCAAUUUAAUCAAGAAUAUCAAGAAUAUUGAAACUUUGGUGGAACUUGAAAACUUAUAUUUUGUUCAGAAUAAAAUCAAACAUAUACAAAACCUUGAAAACUUGACAAAAUUAAAGAAUUUAGAAUUGGGAGGAAACAAGAUUGAAAAAAUCGAAAAUCUUGAUAAUAAUGUAAAUAUUGAACAAUUAUGGUUAGGUAAGAACAGAAUUUACAAAUUUGAGAAUUUAAACCAUAUGGUUAAUUUAAGGGUUCUUUCAAUUCAAUCCAACAGAAUUACUAAAAUUGAAGGAUUAGAGAAUUUAAUAAAUCUUGAAGAAUUGUAUUUAUCACAUAAUGGUAUUGAAAAAAUUGAAAAUCUUGAACAUAAUGUAAACUUGCAAGUUUUAGAUGUCACUUCAAACAAGUUGAAACAUAUUGAAAAUCUCAAACAUUUAACUAAAUUGACUGAUUUCUGGUGCUCGUAUAAUCAAAUUUCAAGUUUUGAAGAGAUUGGUAAGGAAUUAGGUAAGCUUGAAGAAUUGGAUACCGUUUAUUUCGAGGGUAAUCCAGUACAAACCGAAAAUCCAAGUGCUUAUAGAAGAAAGAUGAUAUUGUAUUUGGGUCCAUCGUUAGCUAAAAUCGAUGCUACUUAUAUUCAUAGUUAGGUCUUUCUGCCUUUAAUCUAUAUAGUACAGAAAAUUACAUGAUCGAUUAUAAUUAAAUGUAAGACAUGACUUCUCCAAACUAUAUUUAGAUUCAUUACCGGCGCUACCAAAUAUGAAAUUUACUACAGAGAUUUGAAAGUAUAGUAGAAAGUCAGUUUAACAAGUACAUAAGAUUUUGCAAGCUCUAGUAAUCAAUACUGCCAGUUGUAGCUGCAUAGAUGAAUGUAUCUUGAUACUAGAAACCACGAAUCGUUUCCAAUUUCAAAUACAGUAGUAUUGUAACUCGUCAGUACGAGUCGAGGAACAGUUGAGUAAAGGCUAUCAACGUGUUGCAUUUGUUUAGAUCUGUCUCUUUAAUAAGAAACAGCAAUAUUUGGGGCAAGCUACACAGUAUGAUCAAGGCUACAAAGAAAACCAAUGACGUGCUCGAACUUUGAAAUUGUCUUCUUCUAAACCGUUCUCCCCUUUCCCAACAAGGAGCAUAAAGAUACAAGAGUGAAUGUGUCAAUGUGUAAUUAAUCUAGAAAAAUCCAUGCAAUGUUAAAAGUAUAUAAUUUCC